AUGGAAAAAAAGGAUAUUUCAAUUGUUGUUGCUGCUUCUGUUAUGAACAGGGGAAUAGGUAUAAAUGGGCAACUACCUUGGGCCAUAUCUGAAGAUUUGAAGUUUUUCUCAAAGAUAACUAGUAAUCAUUGCGAUGAAAAUAAAAAAAAUGUACUCAUUAUGGGGAGAAAAACAUGGGAUUCUAUUGGAAGAAAACCUUUAAAAAACAGAAUAAUUGCCGUUAUUUCUUCCAGUUUAAAAUUAGAUGGAGACGAUCCUAAUGUUUGUAUAUUUAGAAGUUUGAAGGAUUCAAUUGAUGUUUUUAUGAAUGACAAUAAAAUUGAAAAUAUAUUUAUCUGCGGUGGAGAAUCUAUAUACAAGGAAGCUUUAAGUGAGAAUUAUGUGAAUAAAAUCUACCUAACUAGAGUAGCACUGGAUGAUAUAGAAUUUGACACCUAUUUCCCAGAAAUACCAGAGACAUUUUUACCAAUAUAUAUGUCUCAAACAUUCUGUAGUAAGAAUAUUUCUUAUGAUUUUAUGAUUUUUGAAAACAAAGGAGGUAAAUCUCUAUCUUACGGGGAUCCUAUUAGAGGCCAAGUAAAAUCUAUCGAUGAUACAGUUGAUCUCCUUACUGAAAUAUUCGGGGUUAGGAAAAUGGGAAACAGGCAUAGAUUCCCGAAGGAAGAAAUUUACAAUACUCCAAGUAUUCGAUUCGGAAGGGAACACUAUGAAUUUCAGUAUUUGGAUUUGCUUUCCAGAGUCUUGGAAAAUGGAGUAUAUAGAGAAAAUAGGACGGGUAUUAGUACAUAUUCAAUAUUUGGAGAGAUGAUGAGAUUUGAUUUAAGAGAAUCCUUUCCACUUUUAACAACAAAAAAAGUUGCAAUUAAGUCCAUUUUUGAGGAGUUGAUUUGGUUUAUUAAGGGUGAUACUAAUGGAAACCAUUUAAUAGAAAAAAAAGUUUAUAUUUGGUCAGGCAACGGCUCAAAAGAGUAUUUGGAAAGAAUAGGUUUAGGACACAGAGAGGAGAAUGACUUAGGCCCAAUUUAUGGCUUUCAGUGGCGUCACUUCAAUGGUGAAUACAAAACAAUGCAUGACGACUACACCGGAGUUGGAGUUGACCAAUUGGCAAAGCUUAUCGACUCUUUAAAGAACAAACCGAAAGAUAGAAGACAUAUACUAACAGCUUGGAAUCCAUCCGCUCUCUCUCAAAUGGCUCUCCCACCUUGUCAUGUGCUUUCCCAGUUUUAUGUAAGCAAUGACAACUGUCUUAGUUGUAAUUUAUACCAGAGAAGUUGCGACUUGGGAUUAGGGUCGCCAUUUAAUAUUGCAUCGUACGCUAUACUUACUAUGAUGUUAGCUCAUGUUUGUGAUUACAAACCUGGUGAGCUCGCUAUUUUUAUAGGUGAUGCUCAUAUAUACGAAAAUCAUUUGACUCAAUUAAAAGAGCAACUAAGCAGACUUCCACGCCCAUUUCCACAACUCAGAUUUAAAAGAAAGGUUGAAAAUAUUGAGGAAUUUGUGUGGGAGGACAUUCAAUUGAUUGGAUAUUGUCCUUAUCCACCCAUAAAGAUGGAAAUGGCGGUAUAA